UUGUGAUGAGCAAGAGAUUCUAAACAGAAUAUUUACUUUAGUGCUUUAGUUUUGUGUUCCAACAGCUCCUGCAACAUUAAAAACAUUUUCUAAAACAGGUCAACCUAAAUUUACUAUCCUCAACUCAAAUUUUUUUAAUUUUUUAGUAAAUGCAGUCUUAUUUUCAUCUUUUGCUCCACUGCAUACCUAUGACUUUCGCCACUGAAACUUCUCUCCGAGAGUUUAUCUCUGGUAACAAUUUGUUCACGACAUCUCUAUACAAGCAAAUCACCACCCACGACCAUGGUAAUUUUCUUGUAAGUCCUUUAUCAGUGGAGAUCAUCCUCGCAUUAACCCAAUCAGGAGCUAAAGAUGCAACCGCUGAAGAAAUCAGAACAGCUCUCCACCUCCCCAACUCCCAAGAAAAAAUAGAAGCUGCCAUUCAAACCCUCCAACCACUCUUGAAGAAAAACGAUCUCUACACCCUCCAAUCGGCGAAUAAAAUCUACAUCAACAAUAAUUUCCAGAUAAGGGACGAAUUCAGAAAAUCGGCUACAGUUUUCGACUCGGAAUUAGAAAAUAUAGAUUUCGGGCAAAGCAAUGCCGCCGCUAGUACCAUGAACGAUUGGGUGGAAAAUCGUACCAACCAUAAAAUCAAGAACUUGAUUAACGGAGAGGAUUUAGGUGAUCACACCAGAGCUGUUUUAAUAAACGCUCUGUAUUUCAAAGCGAACUGGUCGACCACUUUCGAAACUUCUAGGACUACGAAGGAAGAUUUCUAUAAACUGGGUACGGAAAAAGUACAAGUGGAUACCAUGCAUGAUACAUUGUACCGGAACUAUUAUGAAAGUCAAGAACUAGGUGCCAAAUUUAUAGAAAUACCGUUUGAAGGGAAUGAGGUUGUUUUUACCGUGGUACUACCGAACGAAAGGAACGGAUUGUCCGUUCUUGAAACUCAGUUGGAGAAGAUUUUCCCAGUCCCUUCUUACACCUGGGAGAAAGUUAGAAUAGCUUUACCCAAAUUCAAGAUUACAAGUACGAUAGAUUUGAAGACAAUCCUUCAGACGUUGGGUCUUAACAAGGUUUUUAAAGGUGAAGAAGCCGACCUAAGUGGAAUUGCCGGCAAUAAGGGAGAUCUUGUUGUCGAUCAAAUACAACAGAAGAGUUUUAUUGAUGUUAAUGAAAGUGGAGUGGAAGCAACAGCUGCUACUUACCUUCGUUUUGUCCAAUGUAGUCUUUCCUUGUCCCCUGAGGCACCACCGAAAGAGUUCAUAGCCGAUCAUCCCUUCAUCUUCUACAUUAAAGUGAAGGAUGUGGUGAUUUUCUCAGGAAGAGUUGUGGAUCCGACUCAGUAAAAUUCAAUAUACAAUUAUUUUUAACACUUCUGUCAAUAAAUUUUGAAUAUCAACAACAACAUAUUUGGUAUUAUUUAAAUGUGAUUCCAUAGAGGACAAAGCGUCUAAAGUACCGUUACAACAACUGUGUUUAUUUUUUUGUCGUAAUAUCGAUCCACCGUUUGAGCUUAUCUGAUCCACGCUUAGUGUAUUACACCUAUGACCACCAUUUCGUGUUUAUCGUCAAUAAAAGUGUGUGUGAAAUUCCCCAGUAAAUCAUUAUACUAACAAUAGACAUAAGAUCAAGAAUCACAGGUGUGGGGAUAACAUUGAACACGAGAUUGUAAACACAGUCGUCGCUUAGUUGUGGCCGAA